AUGGAGUCCUCGAGCCCACGAAACAGUCGGCCGGGGACCCCGCGGAAGCGGUCGGAGAGUGAUGCGCACACUCCGCGACCAGCUUCGGGGGAUGCGACUGCUGGAGAUGAAAUAGAGACUAGAGACCGAUCGCAGUCUUUCAGACCCCCAGAGGGAGUCGACACCUCGACCGACAGAGUGUUCCCCAUCCGAUCGGUAGUCAGCGUUGGUCCUCAGAACGGCGCAUCGUUUUCAAGACGCGCCACCUCCCCCAUCGCUGACGGCGCCCCGAGAUCAUAUAACAUCAUUGACUCCAAGACUUGGGGUGAACUCCAGCCUCACGCUCAACAGAACCCUCCCCCUGAACCCGAACCUGAAACUGAACCCGAACCUGAACCUGAACCUGAACCUGAACCUGAACCCGAACCUAUCGUCCCAACCGAUACCGUCCGCCAUGAGACCCAUGCCACCAAAGACGAGACGGAGCUAGGUGCACACUCUCAGGCCAAUGAAGUCGUGCAACACCCGGAGCUGUACGCUAAAACCAAGAGCGAUAGCCGGUCUGGAACAGACUCAACGACCAAGCCAGCGCCACAGCAACCCCAGACAUCCAUCAGCGAGCCCUACGACCUAGUCACCUCACGUUUCAAGCACGUGGUGACCGAUGGGGGUCAUGCAGUGAUCACUGGGCGCGGUGGAAAGAAGUUUCAGUACUGUGAGGAUGAGCCGAUUCGAAUCCCUGGUGCGAUCCAGAGCUUUGGUGUUAUGAUCGCCAUGCGCGAAGAGUCGCCCAACCAGCUUGUCGUUCGGGUGGUCAGUGAAAACUCCGAGCAAUUCACGGGCUGGUCACCAAAACAACUGUUUGAGUUGGAGAACUUCUGUGAUGUUUUAAGCGAUGAUCAAGCCGACGCGUUUUUAGAUCACAUUGAUUUUGUUCGGGACGAUGCCUAUGACCCCAGCUUGGAUGGCCCCGAGGUGUUUCUCUUAUCUAUCAAGCUGCCUUCUGGAGACGCGCAGCGCUUUUGGUGCGCAGUGCAUAUCAGCCAAGCCCAGAAAGACCUGAUAAUUUGCGAAUUGGAAUUGGAAGAUGAUGAUAUCAACCCGUUGGACGCUGGGGGUCAAGUGACGCCGGCCACUCCGAUCGACACGUUGGGUGUUUUCCCGAGCGCUGAACAGUUCGCAGCCAGCACGAUAAACGUCAGCCAGCCGCUUCGAGUUCUUCGAAAUGCCAGACGGCGAAGGGGCGAGGCAGCCGCAAUGGAGGUAUUCAGCAUCCUGGCCCAGAUCCAAGAGCAGUUAAGCAGGGCCAAUGACCUGGACUCUCUGCUCAAUAUCGCAACCGGUCUUGUCAAAGAGUUGACUGGCUUCCAUCGAGUUCUGGUUUAUCAAUUCGACAGCAGCUGGAAUGGCCUCGUUGUUGCUGAGCUGGCUGAUCCGAAGGCUUCCAUCGAUCUGUUCAAGGGCCUUCAUUUCCCGGCAUCUGACAUCCCUGCGCAGGCUCGCGAAUUGUACAAAAUCAACAAAGUUCGGCUCCUUUACGAUCGAGACCAUCAGACUUCACGCUUAGUAUGCCGAACACUAGAGGAUCUUGAAACGCCUUUGGAUAUGACUCAUGCUUAUCUACGGGCAAUGUCACCCAUCCACAUCAAGUAUCUUGCUCAUAUGCAUGUUCGGUCAUCAAUGUCCAUCAGCGUCAAUGCGUUCAACGACUUGUGGGGUCUCAUUUCAUGCCAUUCCUAUGGAGACACUGGUAUGCGGGUCGCCUUCCCGAUACGCAAGAUGUGCCGCCUAUUAGGUGACACUGUAUCACGAAAUAUCGAGCGCCUCUCAUACUCAUCUCGUCUCCAAGCUCGGAAGCUGAUCAAUACUGUCCCCACCGAGGCGAAUCCAUCCGGCUACAUCAUUGCCUCUUCCGACGAUCUCUUGCAACUUUUCGAUGCAGACUACGGCGCGCUAUCGAUUCGUGACGAGACGAAGGUUCUUGGUGACAAUGCACAUUCGCAGGAAGUUCUUGCUCUGUUGGAAUUCCUGCGAAUGCGUCAGAUUAAUUCAGUUGUCUCAUCCCACGAUAUCAUCAAAGACUUCCCCGAUUUACAAUAUCCUCCGGGGUUGAAAGCUAUUUCGGGAUUGCUUUAUGUGCCCCUCUCAACAGGUGGCAGUGAUUUUAUCGUCUUCUUCCGCAAAGGUCAACUCUCGGAGAUCAAAUGGGCUGGCAACCCCUACGAGAUCGCGAAACGCAAAGAGACUGCGGGCUACUUGGAACCGCGAAACAGCUUUACUGCCUGGCGGGAAACUGUUCUGAGUCAAUCUCGCGAGUGGUCCGAGUCGGAUGUUGAGACAGCCGCCGUUUUGUGCCUUGUGUACGGUAAAUUUAUCAAAGUUUGGCGACAGAAGGAGGCUGCUAUGCAGAACUCUCAACUUACUCGCCUACUCCUCGCCAACUCAGCGCACGAGGUUCGCACUCCACUCAAUGCAAUUAUCAACUACCUCGAGAUCGCCUUGGAGGGUGCUCUUGAUACGGAAACACGCGAAAGCUUGACCAAGUCGCAUUCCGCUUCCAAAUCCUUGAUAUAUGUCAUCAAUGAUCUUCUCGAUCUUACAAACACUGAGAAGGGUCAAGAGCUGAUCAAAGACGAGUCAUUCGACCUUCAGUCCACAUUCCAGGAAGCAACUGACAUGCUGGCCGGUGAAGCCAAGCGCAAGAACAUUUCCUACACUGUGACGGUCCAACCUGGAAUACCCCCCUUGGUUCUUGGUGACCAGCGACGUGUGCGACAGGUUUUCUCGAACAUCAUCGCCAACGCCAUCCAACAGACGAAGUCAGGAGCCGUUACUGUUGAGAUGUGGCGCUCCCCAACCCAAUGUGUGGAGGGCCAUAUUGCCGUGGAGAUCAUGGUUGUUGACACGGGUGCUGGCAUGUCGAAGUCAAAGUUGGAGGCGCUGUUCCACGAACUUGAGCAAGUUUCAACAGACGAAAACUAUUACCCGGAGGAGGAAGAUCAGCAAGACCCUUCCAAUCAACAAAAGGUGGCGGGCAAACGCGUACUGGGUCUUGGGCUUGCACUAGUAGCAAGAAUUGUCUACAGCAUGCAGGGCCAGCUUGGAGUCAAGUCUGAAGAGGGCAAAGGAAGUCGUUUCAAGGUUCUUCUACAGUUCCCACUUCCUGAAGGGUCUUCAACCAAGCCGACUACUGUUACUACCCCUGGUCAUGUCACUAUCCCGCCCACGCCCAUGAUCUCUGACCGAGAAUUCAGACUGGUUCGUGGAACCACGGAUACUAGCGAGACACGACGCAAAAGCACCGAAAGCCUUCGCAGUGGAGGCAGUUCUCGCAGCGGAAAGAGCCAUGCAGAUCGGUUGAUUAGUGCUAUGCAAGAACCUGCACUAUCUCGAAAGUCCCGGGGUGAGAGCCUUGAUCUAAAGAGUCCGAAAUUUCUCACUGGGUCGCCGAGUGCAGAGGACAAUUCCCUUUCGCAAUCGCUAGGGUCGCCUCCUGCAACUAGCCUUAAGCGAUCUUCGCCCACCCAAGACCACCUUGCCACUCUCUCCACUGUCACCAAUACACCACCAGUCCAGCUGCAAGCUCUGAUGACGACACCCGCGCCGGGUACUCAGAACAUUACUGAUUCUGGAGUUCCAAUGGGCGCUCUCCACAUUCCCAAGCAUGCUGUCAAGCACCCCUCGAAGCACAGCGGGGAAUUGAUCGAACAAUCUUACUUCCCACUCACGUCUAUAUCAACGAAUGAACCUUCAGAACCUGCAUCAACAGAGGCUGCGGCGUCUACCACCCCAACUUCGAUACCUCCGGCAAACCCUCAGUUACUGCAGGUGCUUGUGGCAGAAGAUGACCCGGUCAACAGCAAAAUCAUAGAGAAGCGUCUCACGAAGCUCGGGCAUACAGUCAUGCUGACCGGCAAUGGUGAGGCGUGUGCAUCGGCAUUUGUCAUCGCUAGCAAGGCGUUUGAUAUUGUCCUUAUGGAUAUUCAAAUGCCUAUAGUCGACGGAAUGACUUCCACUCAAAUGAUUCGAGAGUACGAAAGAAAGACACCGACCGAUGUUCUUUCAGAAAAAGCUAAGGGUAAUUCGCGAGUUCCAAUCUUUGCUGUUUCUGCAUCACUGCUUGAAUCGGAGAAGGAGACAUACAUUCAAACUGGAUUCGACGGCUGGGUCAUGAAGCCUAUCAAUUUCGCUCGAUUGAAUGUGCUUCUGAGUGGGCUUAUUGACCCCGAGGCUAGGAAGGCUGCUACAUAUGAGCCUGGACAGUGGGAAAAUGGCGGCUGGUUUGAUCACCAAUAA